AUGACUAUUGAUCACGAACAACAAGCUUUCCUCGAUGAGGUUGAAAAGGUCAAGCAAUGGUGGGCCUCUCCUCGUUUUGAAAACAUCAAGCGUCCUUACACUGCUGAGGCCAUUGUCUCCAAGCGUGGUUAUUUCCCUGUUCAAUACCGCUCUGACGUCCAAGCCAAGAAGGUCUGGAAGCUCUUGCAAAACCACAAGGCCAAUGGUACCGCCUCUCACACCUUUGGUGCUCUUGAUCCCGUUCAAGUAACUCAAAUGGCUCCUCAUCUCGAGACCGUCUACGUUUCUGGAUGGCAAUGUUCUUCCACUGCCUCCAGCUCCAAUGAGCCUGGACCUGAUCUUGCUGAUUAUCCCAUGGACACUGUCCCCAACAAGGUCGAGCAUCUCUUCUUUGCCCAACUCUUCCACGACCGCAAGCAACGUGAAGCCCGUCUUGCCAUGACCCCCGAGGAGCGUGCCAAAACUCCUGCUAUUGACUACCUGAGACCCAUUAUCGCUGAUGGUGACACUGGUCAUGGUGGUAUCACUGCUGUCAUGAAGCUCGCCAAGAUGUUUGUUGAGCGUGGUGCUGCUGGUAUGCAUGUUGAAGAUCAAGCUCCUGGUACCAAGAAGUGUGGCCACAUGGCUGGUAAGGUCUUGGUCCCCAUUGGAGAGCACAUCAACCGUUUGGUCGCUAUCCGUGUUCAAUAUGAUAUUAUGGGUGUUGAGAACUUGAUCGUUGCUCGUUCUGAUGCUGAGGCUGCCACUCUCUUGAGCUCCAAUAUUGAUCCCCGUGAUCACGAAUUCGUCGUUGGUACCACCAACCCUGAUAUUGGCGCUUUGGCUGAACUCAUGAACGAAGCUGAACAAGCUGGUAAGAACGGCGCUGCCCUUCAAGCUGUCGAAGAUGAAUGGAUCGCUAAGGCUGGUCUUAAGCGUUAUGGUGCUGCCGUUGCUGAUGAGCUCAUCAAGCAAGGUAAGCCUGAUGCCGCCAAGGAGUUCCUUAACAAGAUCCACUACAAGUCCAACAAGCAAGCUCGCGCCAUUGCAAAGGAAUACGGUGUCGAGAUCUUCUGGGAUUGGGAUUUGCCCCGUGUCCGUGAGGGUUACUACCGUUAUGAAGGUGGAACUGAAGCUGCUACCUCUCGUGCUGUUGCUUUUGCUCCUUAUGCUGACAUGUUGUGGAUGGAGACCAAGAAGCCCAUCCUCUCUCAAGCCAAGCAAUUCUCUGAAGGUGUCUUGUCUGUUUACCCCAAGGUUCUCUUAUGUUACAACUUGUCUCCUUCUUUCAACUGGGAUGCUGCUGGCUUAGAUGAUAACAAUAUGAAGUCUUACAUUCACGAUUUGGGUAAGCUUGGUUUCGCUUGGCAAUUCAUCACUUUGGGUGGUCUUCAUGCCAAUGCUUUGGCUUCUUCCACCUUUGCCAAGGCCUACAAGGAAGAUGGUAUGCUCGGUUAUGUCAGCCAAGUUCAACGUAAGGAACGUGAACACGGUGUUGAUGUUCUCCAACAUCAAAAGUGGUCUGGUGCUACUUAUGUUGAUGAGCUUAUCAAGGUCGUUACUGGUGGUGUUGCUGCUACUGCUGCUAUGGGUAAGGGUGUUACUGAAGAUCAAUUCAAGGCUUAA